GUGAUUUUCGUGCAUUGAUAGAGACUAUGAUAGCAAUAACAAGUGUAGUAAUUACUCAGUCGGCAGUAAUUUUGAAAUUUUCAAAUGUGCCGCCAAGCGCCGUAACCAUGGCAACCGGUAAACGAUACGCUGCAGUCAUGGAGCGACUGCCGGGCUGCACGUUAGCACGUCGCCUGUCAUAACUUGUCAAAUUUGGACGGUCACCUCUGCCUUUGUUUUGAAUCAGUCGCGUCGCGAAUUUCAAGUGGAACAGACCUCUAUGUCGUCGCGCUCGUCAAUUUUGCAGUUCUAACGAAUAUUUCCGGUGUCUAGUGGCUCGAUAAUGGAACAGGAAGUUAAUGUAACUGUGAUGAUGCCGUACUUUGCUUCGGUUCAUUUUUUUAUCAUCAGGAAUCAAUUUCGUUGUAAUACACACCGACCUUCCAUGAUGUACCAAACACUGCGACGGUCCACGAACAAAAUACCCAGUGAUAGUGUACAUUCAUGGUGAAUCCUACGAGUGGAACUCAGGAAAUGUGUAUGACGGGACUGUGCUAGCCAGCUAUGGUGGAGUCGUAGUGGUCACUGUCAACUAUAGGCUCGGAAUA